AUGGCUAACUCAAGAAGCUUGCGAUUGCUCUUCAAAACCAUCGUGUUACUUACAGCUAUCUUACUUCUCGUCCUUGGAUUCGGUUUCGUCCGGUACAGCGACCGUGUGUUACGGACACAGCCCAUUAGCACUGGGAACCUCAAUCCUCCUCCAGAGGAGAAACCGGGUGGCGUGCAUAUUGCCAUUUCGCCCGCCACAGUUCCAACCGGUCUGCCAAGGAAAGCAAAUGACACUCUUCUCGCGCAAUCACCAGCAUAUAUCCAGGCCAUCUUGAACACAUCAGAUUCACAAUUUGCUCAUCUGGAGUGUCCACAGCCGAAUCUUGACCGUUAUACUUACCUGAGAUAUCCACCGGAUCUAUCUGAAGCCUCCCAGCAUCCCAGGUUUUUCUUCGCGCUUGAUCUACAUCAAUGUGUCUACCUACUUCCACGAUUGCUUGGUUCAAUCGUAGAAACAAUCAAGUUCCUCGGUCCGAAAAACUGCGUGCUUUCCAUCGUAGAAGGCCGAUCCAAUGACGGCACCUUCGAAGUCCUUGACGAGCUUCGUCCCAGCUUGCAAGCCCUUGGUGUGAAGUACUCCUUGCAAACAAGCGAUAUCAAUCCCACGGCUCUGGGACAAGACCGCAUCGAAGCCCUCGCAGGCCUGCGGAACCUUGCCUUGCAGGACCUUCUCGCCUACCCAGCGCAAUACGACCCGGACACCACCAUCGUCUUCCUCAAUGACAUUGCGGUCUGCAUGGAGGACAUUUUAGAGCUCCUCCACCAGCGAAAAUUGCAAGAGGCCGAUCAGACAUGUGCCAUGGACUGGACGUAUGUGGGCGACAACCCGACAUUCUACGAUGUCUGGAUCGCGCGCGGUAUGACGGGCGAUACAUUCUUCAAAAUCCCCAAAGAUGGGAGCUGGGAUUCCGCCUGGAAUCUCUUCUGGAACGACGAUAAGGCGCGCGCGCGGCUUACUGCCGCAAAACCCUUCCAGGUGUUUGCGUGCUGGAACGGCGUCACCUCGUUCACUGCAAAGCCGCUGUUAGAUGGGCGCAUUAAGUUCAGGGCACGUGGGCCGGGUGAGUGCUUCCAGGGCGAGCCGAAGCUGUUUGCUAAGGAUAUGUGGGCGAAAGGAUAUGGCAGGAUUGCGGUGGUGCCGAGUGUGAAUGUGGAGUAUAGUGAUGAGGCGACGAGGAAGAUCAAGGCGCUUAAGGGGUAUGUGGCGAGACAUGUUGCGAAUGAAGGGGACGAUGAGAUAAUUGAGUGGGAGACGAAGCCACCGGAGAAGGUGAAGUGUAUGCCGGAUUAUCAGCACCAGACUUUUGUCGAUUGGGAUGAGGGACUGAGGCCGACAGUUCCGGAGGCAGAAAAUGAGAGAUAG